UUUCUCUCUCUCUCUCUCGUCUCGUCUCGUCUCGUCUUUGAAACGCUCACAAUAAACCCUAACGUCUUCUUCGAUCUUCUUCUCCGAUGGAAGCUCCGGAGUACCUUCAUGGCGGAUUGUGCCGUGGCGGCGGCUCUCAGUACCCGGCCGACAAGCAAGGGGACCAGUUUGCUGUUGAGGACCUGCUUGAUUUCUCCAACGAGGACGAUGAUGAGGAGGAACCCAUCGUUUCCGACGUCCAUGCCGAUGAGGGGGGAUCACAUGCCUCAGGUGGGAGCUGCGGUGAUUCAUCGUCGGCGUCCAUGAUCACCGCCGUGGAUAGUUGCAACUCAUCGCUCUCCGGCUAUGGUGCUCGGUUCUCCGGUGAAUUCUCUCUCUCCGGCGACCUUUGUGAACCGGUGUACGAUGAGCUCGCGGAUCUGGAAUGGCUUUCGAACUUGGUAGAAGAGUCGUUCUCCAGCGAGGACAUGGAGAAGCUUCAGCUCAUCUCCGGCGUCAAGGCCUCAUCGGCGUCAACCCCAGCCGACGGCGACGUUUCCGCCGCCGCAUCUCAGCCACGCUUCCUCCCAGAAACUCCCGUCCCCGGCAAAGCCCGUAGCAAACGAUCCCGUGCCGCACCUUGUAACUGGUCCUCCCGCCUUCUCGCCCUCUCCCCUCUUGAUUCCCCCACCGCCGACGAUGCAGCCGCCUCCCCCGCCGCCGUCUCUGAGAUUCCGGUUAAGAAACCCACGGCGGCGAAGAAGAAGAAGGAUCCAUCGGAAGGCCCGACAUACGCCGCAUCCGACGGGCGUAAGUGCUUGCACUGCCAAACGGAGAAGACGCCGCAGUGGAGGACGGGGCCGAUGGGGCCGAAGACGCUCUGCAACGCGUGCGGCGUCCGGUAUAAGUCCGGCCGGCUCGUGCCGGAGUACCGACCGGCUUCGAGUCCUACUUUCGUGCUUUCCAAGCACUCCAAUUCUCAUCGGAAAGUGCUUGAACUACGGCGCCAGAAGGAUGUCCUUCACCAGCAGCAGUUCCUCAUCUCCACCGCCGGCGGCUACGACUCCGUUCCCGGCGAUGACUUCUUGAUCCACCACCGCAUCGGCCCCGAUUUCCGUCAGCUCAUCUAAAACCCUAGUUCCUCCAUUGCUAGGUAGGUUCACUAGCUCUAGCUCUUGUUCUUUGUGUCCCUUUUUUCUUUGU